AUGUCUUUGAGAAACUCAGCAAGUCGCAACUCCCGCCUGAACCGUUCAGGCGGUGCAGUAAGCGCCGCAAUACAAAGCGAGUUUGAAAUGGAAAUGGAAAUGGAAACAGAGCGACCAGAAGAUCCCGUCCCCUCCUCGAAAGUGGAAUCGACCUCCAGAGGGCGACGCGAAACCGCUAGUACUCCGACGUCGAGCCGCUCCAAGUCCUUGAAGCGCAGUAAAAGUAUAGCAAGAUUGAGCGAACGACGAAAAAGCAUCAGUCGGAGAGACAGUACCCAUGCAAAGGAGGACGAGGACGAGAAGCUCAUGAAAUUCGUCGAUAAACUCGCCACGGAGCGCGAGGAGCGCGAAAAGGUCGACAAGAGAGUGGAAGAACUGGAAGCCGAGCUUGCGGCGCUCAAGACUUCAAGCGCUGCGACCGAGCAUGGACUCAAGCAGUCUUUGGGAAAUACACAGACGCAACUGAGCCAGCUGCAGGAAGCUGAGAAACAAAGGGGCAAGGAGCAAGUUGCCGAAGCCACCAAGCUCGGAAAGUCUCAGCAGGAUCUAGCCGAGUCCCAGAAGAAACUGGCAGAGAUGGAGGGGAGGCACGACUUUGUACGGGGAGCCCUCGAUGCACUCAGGACUUCAAGUGCGCUUGAAUCAGUACAGAUAUCAGCGCUCAAGAAAGAUAUCGAGACAGUAAUGAAGGAAAGAGAUGUGGCGUUGCAACAAUCACGGCUUACGAUGCGCGCUCAAAAGGAGCAUACCGCCACUUCCUCAAAGCUCAAGGAUAUCCAGUCGGAGCAGAAAAUAGCCCAGGAAAGGGAGAAGGUCUUGAUAAAAGAGCGCGACGCUGCAGUCUCCAAGCAGAAAAAACUCAAAACCGACAUGAUUGAGCUCGAGAAACAACACAAAUCCGACAUGACUGAGCUCCGGGAAGCUUCCAAGCCUAUUUCGCGCAUGGUUGUGAUUUGCGUCGACUGCAGCGGAAGCCUAUCUCGUGUCAUUGGCGAGAUUCAGCAGUGCUACCGAGAUGUGGUUCUGUAUCUCAAGGCCAAGUGCAGCGAUGCCAGGGUUGCUGUCAUCAUGCACGGAAGCUCCCGCCAGACCGUUCACCGCCCUCAUGUCAUUUCGCAGAGGACAUUGACCUUUCUGCGGGACACGGGCAACGCUGGUAGCGAAGACUAUGCCUACUGUCUUGGCGAGGCUCACAAGAUCUUGGCGCGCGAGGUAGCUGACAGAAAGGUCGUGGUCAUGAUUGGCGAUGGUGACGCACAAUACAAGUCUGAAUGGGAUCUCAAAAGCGCCGUCCAAUACCUUUCUGCCAAUCAAAUCCCCGCCCACUCUAUUGUCAUUCCCAACGGAAAGCCUUGGUACAGCACUGGGGGAAACACCACUAUGGGGUUAAUUUCAAAGGAUACUAGCGGUCGCACUGAGAGUAAGGAUACCUACUUUUCGGUCCUGGACGAGUUUGUCGGUGGCAAGUGA